UUUUGAAGUUCGUAGAUUGCGUAUUUCUAGGAGGAAGACGAGAGUCGGAGGCAGAACCAUCAAGGAUAUAUUAUAAAAAUUCAAAUUUGUAGGAGAACCCACUAGAGAUUUCUUUCUUCUUCUCCGAAUCCAUCAAACUCCUGAUAUUCAUCGGAUUCUGUUCCUUUUGUAGCCGAACAUGUCUGCAGACAUCUGCACCGACAGGCCGUUGUUCGGCGGCGCAAUUUCCAGCGCAUUCCCGAAUCGAUUUCAGGAUGUGAGUAAUGUUCGACAAGUUCCGGAUAAUCAGGAGGUGUUUGUGGAUCCUGCGAGGGACGAGAGCUUGAUUUUUGAGCUGUUAGACUUCAAGCAUGAUGUUGGAGACAAUGGCAGUGCUGCCUGGUUUCUUCAGGACCUUGCCCGUGAGCAAGAUGCCGAGAAUUUCGCUUUGAUGGAGCAAUCGGGAAUCAUGGAAGCUCCUGGAUUAUCAUACAGAAACAUUCCUUCUGUCGUCACAACUGCUGUUGGGGAGAUGGCCAUAUCCAAGGGAAGACAGGGAAGAGAAGCGCAGAAUAUCGUUAGGCUCUAUGUUGCGAAUCUACGACUUAAGGGAGUCAGCACAGAUGUUUUGAUCACUGCCCAUGAACCGAUUCUGAUAAACCCUCUGAGCGAAAGUGCGAAUACGGUUGGGGCUGGUUUAGCUGUACCGGCGGCAGAAUUAGGGUUUAUGCCAGUGGGUGAAGCCAUUAAAGGAGCAGUCUCAAGCUUCAAAGUGCAUGACUGGAGCCUUUUUGGCUCUUCUUCUUCAUGAUCUGAGCAAGAAAGGUUAAAACACACAAUCGAGAAUGAAACUCUUGUUUUUAGCUCUUUUUUUUUUAACCGAUGGAGUGUAAUGGGAAACUAUGUGGAUGGUUAAAAAAAAUAACUGCAGUUAAAAGUUACGGAGGCAGGAUAAAUUUG